AUUGCGGAGAAUAAACUUAAAGUGAGGCGUUAAUUACCCGCAAAUUGGUGAUUAACGCAAUCAUACGGUAUUAUAAAAGUCCCCAGUUCUCUUAUUUGAUAUUGAACGUUGCUGAUACUUUCACAUCAAAAUGGCAAAUAUACAGUUAGAGGAGCGUAGUAGAGAGAUGAAAGAUGCUGGAGAAUCGGUGGUUGAUCUUCUUGUUGAUCUUGAUAUACUGUGCCGUAAACUCGAGCAUCUUGGGAAGGAGACAUUGAUUUUCUGCUCUGGUUCAGAUAUUGUAAUAACAUCAUCUGCAGCGGCUUCCUUCUUCAAAGAUGUUGAUGCUGUCUUUGCUAAAUUUAAAGAAUUUUGCAGUACCCAUCAGCCAGCACUAGAUCAGCUACAACCCAAUUUUAUACCUAUAAAACCAGUAUUACAAAACUUUGGCCAAUCUGUGCCUGAGCUGACUGCCGUCCCAAUAGAGAACUCUUAUCAAGAGACUUCCUUUCAUGACACUGCCUCUCUAGUGUCAGUUGAGGAGAAGUUGGUGAUUGAUUGUUAUAAUGAUGACACAAAUGAUGGAUUUGAAGAAUGUGCUGAUACAGAACAAGCUCCUGAUGAGAUCACAGUACACACAGCUGUCACCAGAUCUAAAACUGUAGAAAAUGAAACUAAAAUUACACAGCAGCAAAGUCAUCAGAGUUCUGAAGGUGUUCCUUCAAGCAAGCGUUAUCUUGAAGAAGGAAAAGCUACAAAUGGAAUGAAAAAGACCAAAUUGGAUGGGACCGAUUUUUUUUGGAACAAGAGAAGUUUACACCCAAGUGUAUCUCUGAGAAGAAUCGAUGAAAAUAAAAAUAAAGAAAUCGUAAAAGGGAACAAAUAUGUAGAAGUAAAUAACGAAAAGUUGUUGUUAUUAACACCGGAGGAAUCUGGAUUAGAUUUCACAAAGGAUGAGCACAGUUCAUUUAAUUGUUUCAUGUGUGACAAAGUAAGAGGUUCGUUAAGCAGGUUAAGAGAGCAUCUGACAAAGUUUCACAAAGUUAAAGUAGGUCAUCAGUGUGUCUGUGGACGAUUCUUUCAGGAUACAGAGCUAUACCAGAAACACCUAGACCACAAACUAUACGAUAUGUAUCACCACGAAUGUGAACAGUGUAAAGGAAUAUAUCCUUCUGUUUCUGCCCUGAAAUCUCACAUAGUACGUGAACAUGACAAUAGUGCUGAAGAUAUUUUAGUCGAUCAAACGGGAAAACUUGGAGACUUCCCAUGUUUAAAAUGUGAGACAAUGUUUCACCAUGAGCAGCAUCUUAUUGACCAUAAUGAUAACCUACCUGAUUGUGAUGUGGCUGUGAAAGAUGAUAAAACUAUCGAGAAAGAUCUCGCCGACUCUGAGAUAACAUACAAAACUGAAGAUGGUAAAACAGUGAAAACAACUUACGGUGAAAUAAUGGCCGCAAUAAAGGAUGAGCAACCAUUUACUUGUCCAUGCUGUGGUGACUCUUUCAAUCGGAGAAGCAACUUUAAUCGUCACUUGUUGAGACACGUGUCACAAGGAACUCAUUUAUGUCUGAUAUGUGGAAAUAAACUCAAAGGUAAAGAUGGAUUACAGAGACAUUUAAACCAGCAUAUGGUGCGACCGUAUAAUUGUUCUAACUGUAGGAGUAGGUUUGCCACUCAAGCCGAGUUAAAUGACCACAUGAAUAGUAGAUGUAAAGAAGGCCGCAGGGAGGAUUUUAAAUGUGACCUGUGCGAUCAUGUCUCAUCAAACAUGUCUGCUCUGAAGGUUCAUAAAAACAUGCAUGCAGGUCUAAGACCGUUUCAGUGUAGUAAAUGUGAUAAAAGUUUCGCUACAAAGAGUAGCUUGGAUCGUCACGAUGCAGUACGUCAUCAGGAAGCCACCCCUUUUCACUGUACACAGUGUUAUAAAGCAUUUAAAACAAAAGAUAAUCUGAAGAAACAUGUGAGAGUUCACCAGGAGCCAAAGUUUUCUUGUGAGAUUUGUGGCAAGGCUUGUAUAGAGAAAGGAAAUCUAAAGAAACACAUGAGGACACAUACCCAGGAAAAACCAUUUGUUUGUGAGUUAUGUGGUAAGGCGUAUGGGAGAAAAUCAUUACUGGACAAUCACAGGAGGCUGCACACUGGAGAAAAACCAUACAAGUGUACUAAAGAGGGUUGUAUUAAAGCGUUUCGUAGUUACUCUAACCUGAAACAACAUCUACGUAACCAUAGUACCACACAUCCCUAUGUGUGUGACGUCUGCGGUAAAAUGUUCAAACAACCUGGUCGUCUUAAUCACCAUCGUAAAGAUCACACCAUCGCUUAUAGGUGGCCAUGUGCGUACUGUGAGGAGAAAUUUAGGUCAAUAUUCAUGUAUAAAGGUCAUCUGGCAAAGUUCCAUCCGGAAAUGAAGAAUGAAAUAGAAGAGAAAACUAAUAUAAGGUUAUAUGAGUGUGACAUGUGUCACAAGAUGUAUGGUGAUAAAGAUGAUCUCACCAGACAUAUAUACAUACAUCAAAACAUUAAACCAUUUAGUUGCCAAUACUGCGCCAAAAGUUUCAACGACAAAAGUAAUAUGAGACAACAUGAAAAAAUUCACACUGGUGUCAAAAAUCAUUGGUGUGAGGUGUGUAAGAAAGGAUUUAUACAUAAACGAGAUUUAAGAAAUCACAUGCAGACAAACCAUGUAAAAGAGGAGAGUGAGGAGAAACCUGUACGUGAAAAGAAACCGAGGAAGAAGCCGUUACUGAAUGUAAAUAGUUCUGUAAGUGAAGGGUCGUACAUAGAGUUUACACCAGUAUCAAGCCAGGAUGUGACCACGUUAAUGUCCGAUGACUAUGAAGAUGAGAAAAAGACCGUUGAAACAGUUAUAGAGGAGGAACCUAGAGAUUUAACAACACAGGCUCCCAUCACGUACAUUACAACUGGUGCUGCAGUGCCCAUGCAAAACUUCCCUGUAGCCGCAGUGAAUGCAGCAACUGGACAGAUAGAACCUCUGAUGAUAAUGGAAAACUACCAGUGAUAUUGUUACCAUAGCAACAGAGAAAACUACCAGUGAUAUUGUUACCAUAGCAACAGAGAAAACUACCAGUGAUAUUGUUACCAUAGCAACAGAGAGAGAGAAAACUACCAGUGAUAUUGUUACCGUAGCAACAGAGAAAACUACCAGUGAUAUUGUAACCAUAGCAACAGAAACAACUACCAGUGAUAUUGUUACAAUAGCAACAAAGGGAGAAAACUACCAGUGAUAUUGUUACCAUGGCAACAGAGAAAACUACCAGUGAUAUUGUUACCAUAGCAACAGAGAGAGAAAACUACCUGUGAUAUUGUUACCAUAGCUGCCAGUGUGUCCGUUUGACGCUUGAAAUGACCUUCUAAUUUUAAAAAGACCCGAUUUGACCCUCAGGAUUUUAACUUGAGUGUCAAAUUUUUAUUAAAAUCAUGGGGAUUUGACCUUGUAUCUGGUCAAAAUGACACUCAGGAUUUCAUGGCUAGUGAACACCCUGACUAACUACAGAGAGAGAGAACUACCAGUGAUAUUGUUACCAUAGCAACAGAGAGAGAAUGCACUGACAUUAAGCCAAUGCAAGUCUAGAACAAUGAAAUUACUUAAUGUACUGGUGUCGUAUUAUACAUCCAGUCACAUUUAAUUGUUUUGAAAUAAGUUAAAUGUAACAGUUGUGAACAAAGUUUAUACAUGUAUAUUAUUAGUUAUAAAUAUUUUUGACGUCAUAUGGUCCUAUAUACAUGUUUGUUUGGAAAUAUAACCUGAGCUGCUAGGCGAGGGUUAUAUCGCAAACAACCGUUUAUAUACGGCCAUAUUACCUGUCAGGAAUAUUUAUAACAAAUUUAUAAUCCGCAAACUUCCUUUUUUGAGAAAAUUGACAGCAGCCAUGUAUAUAAAACUAUAUAAACGUUGUGAUUGUCCAAUGAAAAGUGACGUUACAAACAUGCAGUAAAGCACCGUUUGAAGAGUUAUUUUACCCUGCAAAUGUGUAACGGAUUUGUCUUUAAUUGAAUAUUGAAUAAUCCAUAUUGCAGACUUCCAAGUACUGGUCAGACUACCCUGGCAACAGCAUCAAAGUUGUUAACUCAGAAAUGCUAUCAUUUUUAUGUCAUUUAAACUUUAAUUUUUUAUUAUCAUGUUAGUUUUUGAAAAAUUACUUAUUUGUCAUAUAGAUAAAUUGUAUAUUAUGCUCAUUUUGCUUUGUUGGCAAUUGUUAUAAUUAUAGUGAAUUAGAAUUUUGUAUGGAAGUAAAAAUAUUACUUUAACAUUUUGCUACCUUCAAAACACAUUGAAUAUGGAUUUCUGAGGAAAAACAUGCCUUUAAGAAAUUUUAUAAAUGGGGGCAAAUAGCACUGUGACCCCUAUAUUUAUACUGCACAAUUUAAUAGGUUCAUAUACUAGUAAUUUAUGAAAAUCUGGAGAAAUUAUGAAAAUAUGGAGAAAGUUAUUGUUUUGUUAUUGAUUGUAUUAUGAUUUAUAAUAAAUUAUAGA